AUGGCGUCGGAGAAUGGCAACGAUGGUAGUGAGCGGGGAUGUAGCCGAGAGGAGGGGUAUAACGUGGUGGUCGGACUUUCAACAGUGGUGGCGGAAAUAGGGUGGGUCAGCGGUGGAAAGAAGGUGGCGGUGGUUGCUUCGUGUCGGCAGUGGGUGGCAGCCCCACUGUUGGGGUUUCCUGCUUUGGUCAACAGAAAAGAAGGAAGGAGCGGAGAUGGUGGCUGGUUGUCGGAAUUCCUUGGCAAUAGCUCGGUAGUGGGUGCUAGUCACGGUCCAAGGGGAAAGAUGGAGGCUGGUGAUGUUUAUUCUAACAAUGGUGGAAGUAGACAGUGGUGGCCGACUGUGGUGGUUUGGGUUGCCAGAAAAUGA